CUAAAGCGGGUUUCAUUCGAAAUGUUUCCCCACUAUUGAGAGUGAGUUGUGCCGUUGACAUUACAGAGGUGACAAGAUGGCUGGUGUUGUAAGAAGUGGAGCACUCAGCAUGGCACUGAGAAUCGGGGCUAGAACCCGUCCUCAAAUGGGGCUGUUUCCCCAGACAAGUCUGACCCGUCUUGCGCGACAUGCCAGUGGUCUACCAAUGAACACUGUAGUCUUGUUUGUUCCCCAACAAGAGGCCUGGAUAGUGGAGCGGAUGGGCAAAUAUCACAGGAUUUUGGAGCCCGGUCUCAACCUCCUCAUUCCAGUUCUGGACAGAAUCAAGUAUGUUCAGUCCCUAAAGGAGAUAGUAAUUGAUAUUCCAGAACAGAGUGCUAUCACAAUAGAUAACGUGACCCUGCAAAUAGACGGGGUAUUGUACCUGAGGAUAUUGGACCCAUACAAGUCAAGUUACGGUGUAGAAGACCCAGAGUAUGCUGUAACACAACUUGCACAGACCACCAUGAGGUCAGAAAUUGGUAAAAUUACAAUGGAUCAAGUUUUCAAGGAAAGGGAGGUCCUGAAUGUUGCUAUUGUAGAUGCCAUCAAUCUUGCUGCAGAAGCCUGGGGAAUGAGGUGUUUAAGAUAUGAAAUACGCGACAUUCAGAUGCCUGAUAGAGUGAAGGAGGCCAUGGUCAUGCAGGUGGAGGCUGAGAGAAAGAAGAGGGCAGCCAUUUUGGAAUCAGAAGGUCUGAGGGAGGCAGAGAUCAAUGUUGCUGAGGGGAAGAAGAAAGCCCGCAUCCUGGCAUCAGAGGCUGUCAGGAUGGAAGAGACCAACCGAGCAGAAGGAGAGGCCAAUGCAAUUUCCCUGCGAGCCAAGGCCAGGGCAGAGUCCUUGCAAGUAGUAUCUGAGGUGAUCGGAAAGAAGUAUGGAUCCCAAGCGGCAUCACUGAACGUGGCUGAACAGUAUGUUCAAGCUUUCAGCCACCUGGCGAAAACUGGCAAUACGCUGGUGCUGCCGUCCAAUACUGGGGAUGUCAGCAGUAUGGUCGCUCAGGCUAUGGCUAUCUAUGGGAACCUCAAUCAACACAACCAGAAACAGCUGGAAGCUCCAGACAUUACAACUACAGAAGAAAGGAAGAAAGAUUCAACUAUGUAGACAUUGUAGUUAAAGAUGCCAAUGUUCAUGUGCAUUUUUAUGUUUAGUGUUGUACUCAAACCGUUUGAUGUUAUACAUUGAUUUGUCAGUGGAACUUUGUGCUACAUAUGUCCAAUAUUCAAAUUAUGAAUAUUGUUGUACAAAUGUACUUUAAAAGAAAUUUCCGUAGUGGCCAAGUUUUCAAAAUAAGUACAUGUAUUCUUUGUUACUAAGUUUAGCUGUACCAGUUUUUUUUGUAUUUGUUCCAGCAUACAUGAUUAAAAGAGAGAGGGUUCAACAGGCUCUUACAAGCUGCAUGCAUGAGCGUCCUUGAAGAACAUUUUGUAUGAAACUUAUCAAUAGUGUGUAGUACCCUUUGUCUUUUUAUUGUGAUUAUCUCAUAGAAAGUCAUUAUUUCUUCUUAGAUGACAAACUGGGAAAUGAAUAAGCAGAGAGAUAAAAUGUGUGCUAGAAAGUACAACCUUGAGCCUGAUAUGAGCAUGUCGGUAUUACUACCUGUGUGUUAACAGGUGUAUAACAAGAAGCUACUUGUAAGGAAUAGUAGAGGGAUAGCAGCCCAGAGAAACUACAAACUAUAGAAUGUAUUUGUUUUUAUUUGUAUUGAAGUAAAAACAAGUAUGAUUGAUACCUCUGUGUGGACCGAAUUUCCUUUUAACUUUGACAUAAUGAACAGCCAUAAUGGAUUGCUUUGACAUUAUAGAAGAUACAUUACAUGUA